GAUUUGGGCUUUGCUAAUUGCUUUGGCAUGCCAAAAAUUGACAAAAAUAUUGUGAAAGUGAAUGAGAAAUCUCAAAUCAGAGAUUUGGUUUGGUUUACCUUUAUUUAACAUUUGAGUAAUUAAAUAAAACUUAAGAUAAAGAGACACUAAUUUCACCUAGACUAUUUCUAUUAAAAAACUGCAAACAAAGCAGUUUUUGAAACCUGUUAAGCUAGAGAACAAAACCCCCGAUCUACAUGAGUUUGGAUUUGGAGGAAGCUAACGAAACGCAACAGCUAAUGCAGAAUGAAGGCGAAGAAGAGGAGCAGAAAGUUCUUCAGCCGGCUACUUCACCAGUCACAAGCAAUAAAAUGUCAAGUGAAGCAGCUAGUCUAACAUCAAAAAACCCCCAUACAUUUACGAGUACUGGUAAUAAUAGUAUCAAUGACUCUGCUAAAGUAUCGUAUGUAAAUGAGAGACGGUUGCAUCGUGAUUUCAUGCGCUCUAAUAAUACUAGGCCUAAGCACAUGCCAAAAGAAACACCUGAUGUUAAACAUAUGGAAAAAGCUUUACUAGAAUUGCUGAGUGAUUUCCAUACUGGAAAACUCAGUGCUUUUGGCACUGGGUGCAGCAUGGAACAGAUGAUUAGUAUAAGGGACCAACAAGAGCAUUUAGCAAGACUUCACUUUAGAUUGUACGGAGAUGCAGAGAAGCCCACAGAAGAUAGCUUUGAAAAUUCUGCAUCUAAAGAUAAAAUGGCACAGCUAGUACAAAGUUUAGAGCAGUUGUCUGCAUCAAUAGAGCUUCUGCAAUCAGAUGGUGUACCAAAUUCAAGUAGUAAUAAAGAAUAAGUAUUAAGUACCUAAUUCAAAAUAGUAAUUUUAAUAUUCAAUCAAUGUAGGGAUAAUUUUAAAUACAUAAUAACUAAAGGUUUUAUCAAAAUCCAGAGGAUGCCAGCGGCUUCGCCCGCCUGGAUUUCGGUUUUUUAAAUCCCGCAGGAAC